ACGGGUCUUUUUGGGGUCCUUGACGUGGCAGUAAUAAACAAAGAUGGCGGUGGCUAUUAGAGCUUCAUAAGUUUGUGUGAAGUUGUAAAAUGAGCGGCUGGGCCGGUUUUUCUGACGAGGAGCUACGGAAGAUGCAGCAGAAAGACUCAGCGAUGCCCGCAGCGGCAGCCCGUGGUCGGAAACCGGCUCCAGCCAACCGGAGCCGGCAACAGUUACAGCGGGAGAGGGCCCUUCAGCUAGCCGCUCAGAAAAACGCCGGAGCCGCGUCUCCUAGCCUCCCCUCGGAGCAACAACUCACCAAACCGCCGCCGAAGGAAGAGCCCGAGCAUCAGCCCACAGCAUCAACAGAACCUCCGACCGUCAAACAGGAGGUGCAGCAGAAACCCAGCGAGGUGAAGCCGACUGGAAACCAUCAGCCGGCUCCAGAGGAGGAGACCCCGGCCGUCAAAGAGCUGGAGAAACAAGAGGUGGAACUACGGGAAAAGACGCGUCUGGAGCAACUGCAGCAAGAGCAAAAGUUAAUCGAAGCGAGAAAUAUACGCAAGAAAGCUCUGCUGACGAAAACUAUCGCUGAGAAGUCCAAACAGACUCAGGCAGAGGCUGUGAAGCUGAAGAGAAUCCAGAAGGAGCUCCAGGCCCUCGAUGACAUGGUGUCCAAUGAUAUCGGCAUCCUGAGAGGCAAGAUCGAACAAGCCAGCUGGGACUACUCCGCUGCCAGAAAGCGUUAUGAGAAGGCGGAGGCGGAGUACGUGACAGCCAAGCUGGACCUGCACAAGAAGACGGAGGUGAAGGAGCAGCUGACGGAGCACCUCUGCACCAUCAUCCAGCAGAACGAGCUGCGUAAAGCCCACAAGCUGGAGGAGCUGAUGCAGCAGCUGCAGCUUCAGGCCACUGAGGAGGAGCUGGAGAGGCAGAAGGAGACGCAGAGACACGGGACACGUGGAAACGGUUCGGUGGAGACUCAGGAGGAAACAGUGCAAUCAACCAAAGACUGUAGACCCACAGAGGAAGAGACUGUGAGGGAGGAGAGGGGAGGUGACGGCCAGCAAGAGCACCACCCGAUGAUUGAACCACCAAAGACUGAACAAGACUGUAAAACACUGGAAAGCUGUGUUCAGAGUGAAAUUGUUGCCUCCUGAUGCUCAGAAAGGAGAGCCACUGGACAUUAAGACACGUUCCUCACUGUAGGGAUUAAUCUAAAACACUAAUGUUUUCCACUAAAACUGUCACCCAGAUGAAAUGUCUUUGCUUUGCAGAGAUGCUGUAACGUCCAGGGCUGGGUAUCGAACAUCAGCAUUUUUUUUUGGUACCAACCAAAAUGAGUUGGUGCAACAACUCCUGUCUCCUACAAAUUCCGUUCCUAAACUGCUAAGUGUUUUGGAGGAAGCGUAAUUACUGGCAACAGUUUUUCCAGUGUUGUGGUACGGCCCCCGAUGUCGCACUGAGGUGGUCGGGGUGAAUGGUGGGCGUACAAACCAGGAACAUCAGAAACACUUUGGUUAUGGUUUGGGAAAGAUUGUGCUUUUGGUUAUUAAAUAUUGAAAAGCACGUCCUGUCUCAUGUCACCUUUUGACUUUCUCAAUAUUUAACCUCAGUCGUAAACCUUAAAGUGCUUUGAGUUGCCUAAACCAAACCAUAAAAAUGUUAAAGAGUAACUCCACUGAAAAAGAGAGCUUUGGUACUGGAUCGGUAUCUGGGGGAGAAAGGUUGCGUCCCUGUUUGCGACGUUGCAGAUUUGUUCAUUAAAAACAUUUUCUUCAUUAUGUUGAUAAAAGAUGUAACCUGGGCUGUAAAAGCUAUUUGCUGUUGCAGAUUAUUGGUCGUAUAUAAUCAUAUUUUUAGCAGACAGGGUUGGUCUGUAGCACUGAGUGUCAAAAACUGUCGAGUACUGAAAGUUGCAGUCGAAUAUCUGGUCACAUUCCUAAUCAUGUUUUCUCACUUUUUGAUCAGAUAGUUCCUGAUUUCAACCUGUACUUCAUUUAGUUCUUGUACGGCUGCUUGUAUGUACACAACAUUUAACAUUCGAGAACUUCGGCUUCUUUUGUUAAAUGAAGAAAGACUUUUGCAGAAAGGUUUGGUAUCUGAAAAGUAUUGUUUUGAUAUUAGUAUUGAAACAUUUGAAACGACACCCAGCCCUCGGUGCGUCAGUACCUGCAGGAUCAGAGAGUCAUAUUCUGCUGCAGAGUAAAUCAGAAGACUUAUCUCGCAGCCAUUAUCCUCAGGCGGCCGCUUUUUUAAUGUGUGUGUGUGUGUGUGUGCUUCCAAAAAAAAAAAAAAAAAAGCUCAAACAUGUGGUUUUCCAUCAUGUGAAUUAUCUCGCUGAGCAAAAGUUGAAUUCAAAAGAUGACUGUUUUUGAUUGUUGUCUCUUUGUGGCAACAAUGAAAGAUGGCUCCUGUUUACUUCCUGGAAAGCCAUGCAGACGGAGCGAAGCGGGAAUCCGUCUCUCUUCCAAACGUGAGCCCUCCUGUCCUGUGUGUUGGAGAUGAACGUGGUAGCUGGCGCUGGGCUCGCGUUUCACAGAGCGAGUCCUCGUCUCGUCAGUGCAGCCGAGGAGCCUCCUGAAUGGUAAGAUGAUAUCUGUUAAUGUAUGCACGCAGACUUGGAGUUGACUUUGUCUCGCUGCACGUGGAACAAUGUGUCGAAAAUAAUACAUGACAAUCUGAUAUUAAACUUCACAUAUGUGGGCCGGACCAAAGUCUGUAUACUCUGUAGUCUGUAUGUUAAAUGACUGUAAGGCAAAUGACUGAUGCGUAUAAGAAGUUGUUUUAAUGGGGCAAUUUUUUUAAAAAGGUGAUAUUUAGUAUACUACAGUAUAUUUUACUAAAAUAAACUUAAAAGGAGCAUAUUGUG